AUGCUUUCCGCUCUGCUGCCUAGCUUCAUCGUAAAUAAAUUGCGCACGAACCGGAAUCAAAACACCGUAGCCCCAGCUCCUCCUCCCCGGAUACCUGAGACCCCGGAAGAAAGAGCAGCCCGGCUUGAGCGAGAGCGGAUAUGGAUUCAGGAGAUGACAGAGCGGAGCAAGGUCCUGAUAGAACGAGUGAUGAAAGAUGCGCCUUUUAUCAGCCGCCAUCACUCUCGAAUCGAGUACAUCAACGAAAUUGUUCGCUUGAUGCAACGUUAUGAUGCUGAAGAUGCGAGGCUGCCUCGCCCUGAAUGGAAAGCU